UCAUGCUGACCCUCUGCUACUCUCUGUCUCCACCAAGGAUUUUGAGACAGGACUAGACAGGUACACGUCCUAAAGUUAUGUUCCAGGACUCCUGCUCACUGGCCAGAAGACACCUCCACAGUCCACCAGAAAUGAGUGAGCAAGAAAUAAACUACACUGAACUGAAAUUUCACACUCCUACUCAACAGAAAAUGGGGCAAAGAGCUGAGAAGACCAAGAACAAAGAUUUUCCUCCUCUAUCUUCCCCAUGGCCAUAUGUUGCAGUGAUUCUGGAGAUCCUCUGUGUAGUACUGUUGGGAGCUGUGGGGUUCCAGAGUGUUAAACGAGACAACUGCAGCCUUUGCCCAGAAAACUGGAUACAGCAUGAGGAGGACUGUUACCAUUUUUCUACUGAAUGGAGAACUUGGCAAGAGAGUAAAGAUUAUUGCUCUUCUCAGGGCUCCAGACUUUUGAAGAUACACAGCAAGAAAAAACAGGAUUUCAUAAAGCCUCUAGCGUUUUCUUAUCACUGGAUAGGAUUAUUCCGUAAUGGAAUCAAUGAAUUCUGGGUUUGGGAGGAUGGCACAGCUCUAACUCUUAACCUCUUUGCAGAACAUCCAGAUUUUAAUAGCGGUGACUGUGCUGCUUUCAGAACUGGAGAAGCCCACUCCUAUGAUUGUGCACAAUCAAAACUCUAUAUUUGUGAGCAGAGGGCUGCUUAGAUGAAGCCUGCUAUACCAGCUUAAGAAAGACUGGAGAAAGACACUGAGGCUUCUUCAGUGGCCCUCAGCGCCUCACUGAGGCAUAACAAUUCAUGGAGCUCCUUGUAACUGGAGCUUUUAUGCUGCCCUUUAACAAGCUGCUCCCCUCCUUGGCUGACCAUGGACCUUUUUCUUCCUGACUCCUUUUGAAGUGAUUAAUGCAGCUAGCUGCUUGAGAAAAGAGCACAUCUUGUUAUGCAGGGAAGAGCAAGACCUACAAUGGCAAUUCCCUGCAUGCAUGCUCAUGCAGAAACUGAUAAAAAAUCUUGUCCAUAAUAAAUCAUCUCCAUUUUCUGACAGAUUUUCCUCCCAGCUGAAAAUUACUAGUUGUGUAUAUAUAUGGUUCCUGUUACUUAGAGACGUGCAUAGAA